CCCAGCUGGGUGCAGCGACAAGCAGGAGGCGUGCCUCAAAAUUAGCAUGUCUCCCGCUACAUAUACCGGGUAACCGACUACUGCCACCAUCAUUCGUUUCUGAGAAGCAACGACACUUAACCAUGCCUGAGCCUGCAAAGCCCGCGCCCAAGAAGGGCUCCAAGAAAGCCGUUUCCAAGACCGCCGUAAAGGGCGGCAAGAAGCGCAGAAAGUCCAGGAAGGAAAGCUACGCCAUCUACGUGUACAAGGUACUGAAGCAGGUUCACCCUGACACCGGCAUCUCAUCCAAGGCCAUGGGAAUCAUGAAUUCCUUCGUCAACGAUAUUUUUGAGCGUAUUGCUGGAGAGUCGUCUCGCCUGGCUCACUACAACAAGCGAUCAACCAUCACCUCCAGGGAGAUCCAGACCGCCGUCCGCCUGCUGCUCCCCGGUGAGCUGGCCAAGCACGCCGUGUCCGAGGGAACCAAGGCCGUGACCAAGUACACCAGCUCCAAGUAAACGGGCUGUCCUUCAAAUUCACCCCAAAGGCUCUUUUAAGAGCCACCCACUGGUCUCUAUAUUUGAGUAAAGUCCAUCACGUUUACUUAAAUGGUUAUAUGAAGUAGCUAAAGGCCUCCUCAAACAGGGACAGGUUAUUCUGAAACCAAAUUUACGACUGUAUAUAUUGCCGCGCACCAACACGGUCACUAACAAGGGCGCAGUUUUACACAGGGUUUUUAAAUGUGUGUGUGAUGCGUUGGGGAACGCACUUUACAUUUAGUCAUUUAGCAGACGCUCUUAACCAGAGCGA